AGGAGUCGAACGCUCAUCGGGAGAAAGAGGGGAAGGAUCUGGUUCCACGGCAGAAGGUGUGACUACAUUAGGAGCUUGCUUACACGUGUCAGGAACUUUGGUCUGCGGACGGGAAGGAAUUUGCAAUGAUGUAUAUGGUAAAUUAUAGACAAUCUGUUGCUGCAAGCUGCCCGGUGUACGAUAAGACACCUGCGAUGAGUGUGUGUCGCACAAGAAGACAAGUAUUGCUGGGAAGCUGCACCGCACAAGAUGGUUCAAGUGCUAGGACAACGACGAAAUUUGACGUGACGCCAACAACAGGUUGAUAUGGGACAAUGCAUCUCGGGUUGUUCGGCAGUGGAAACAUUAACGCAUGUGAUUUGGUGGACGACGCUGGUUUCCGGGAUGAAAGUCUUGGCCAAAAUGUACCAGCAGCAAUAUCGACAAGCUCGGAGCCGAGUAAUUCUGGAUCAGAGGAUACGUUGCCAGAUGAUAGUAAAUUUAGAACAAAAAAUGACCUGAAUAUGAGGAGCCAUUCCAUGGAACAAAACUCGCCAAUGGCAGCAACAUGUUAUGUUGAGGGGGAGGUUGGACGCUUUGCAGACACCAGUGCUGCCGCGGAAGACUUGCUAUGGUUCGCAAGAAGUGGAAGUUCACGUGAUGGUGGUGCGGGUGGAGUAUAUAGAUACACCGAAGUGGAUGGUGCUGAUGUUGUCGACGACUUCUACGACAAUGUCCAGUGUUGCACCGGACGCACCGGACAUGAACUUGAAGAGGCAUGGUUUCGGCAUAUGGAACCAGAAUUGCUAACGAUGUCAGGAUACGAGCUCAGGGAGGAAUUCACAAUCGGCGCGCAUAUGACUAGGAAGGGGGUGGAUGCUGUGGUACGGUUAUUUUACGACCGUGUAUUGGUUGGAACGGACGAUGCAACGAACAAUUCUGGGAAGCUCCUUGGGAACACUGGUUUCGUGGUAAGCUGAAAAGGCUGAAAAAGAUGUGGACUUCGAGAGAAUUCGGAUGAUCAUGAUACCCCACGACGUUGAGUACUCCUGGAGUCUGUAUGUGUUCGGUAAACAAAGGAAACAAGUGACAGUACUGGAUCCUGUGUUGACAUGUUACUCAGCAGCUAGAUAUAAGACAAAGCAUGGCGCAAUACUGGAGUUGCUUAUUGAAGGCAUGUCCAGAUUUGGAAAGAUAGCACAAGGAGGAUGGGUUUGAAGUCUGAUGAAUGGAAGAUUACAAUGGUCGCUAGUCCAUGAACUCACUAAUUAACUAAAACAUUUUAGAAAUAUAGUCGUCACGGGAACUCGAUUUCAAAAUACAAAAGAUUAUUUGUCUCUAA